CCCCGCGCCGCGGCCACCGCCCUCUCCCCCGCCCACACACACUCUCUCUCUCUACGAACAUUUCUGCCCUUCCAAAAUCCCAACAAUUACAGUCCCUGCCACUGUGGCGGCGGCGGCUCCGGCGGGGAUGGAGGGGGGAUUGACUCCAUCGGUGAGGUCAAUUCUCGAAAAACCGCUCAACCAACUCACGGAGGAGGACAUUUCACAGCUGACCCGAGAAGAUUGUCGCAAAUUCCUCAAAGAAAAAGGAAUGCGGCGGCCAUCGUGGAACAAGUCUCAGGCGAUCCAGCAAGUGAUUUCACUCAAGAAGUUGUUUGAAAGUAGCGAAGAUUCCGGUGCCGGAGCUCUCCGAAAUGUCCUUGUUUCUCCGUCGCCGCCGCCUCCUCCUCCGUCGCAAAAUGCGGCGACCGUGAGUGUUGAUACGGAACCGUCUGAUUCAGCAAGGGAACCGUCAUUUGGAGAUGAUGGUGGUCCGUACACGCAGCAGGAUCAGGAUCCGCCCAAAUCUGCCCCAGCGGGGGAGAUUGGUUGCCAGGCCGAUGACGCUGAUAAUAAGAACGUUUCUCCCAGAAGUCCAUGUGAAGCAAAUCAAGUGGGUGAGCAAAUGACAAUUUUCUACUGUGGCAAGGUGAAUGUGUAUGAUGGUGUGCCACUAGAUAAGGCACGGGCAAUCAUGCACUUGGCAGCAAGUCCUAAUGAUCUGUUUCAGGAUAAUACUUUUAGUGGGAGUGGGGCCUUUUGGUCAUUUAUGGGCCAUUUUCCAGCAACUGAUAAACAUGAUCUUACUUCUCCUACUGCCUUGAACUCUCAUACCAUUCAAACAGAGAAGUUGGCUGAAUACCCACAACAGUUUAGGGAAAAAGGAAAUGUCACUCAUGAACUCAACGUAGAUGGCCAGGCGAACAGAAAAGUCUCAUUGCAGAGAUAUUUUGAAAAGAGAAAGGACAGGGAAAAAUUUUUUAAGGGCAGGAAGAAUAUAGGGCAGCCAACUUCUACCUUGGGAGUAUGCUUGAACCAUCAGGUGAGAAAACACAAUUCAAAUGUACAAUCAUGUCAAAGCAACACAAGCUCUCCUCCUCAGCCUGGACUGCCACAUUCCUACUGCCCAUCUGAGAACCAGACAAAAGUUGCUAACCUUUCUGUCGACCUCAAUGAUGAAAGCAUUCAAGAAUGCUGAGUUACUGUGUUUUUGUAGGCCAGCAAGCUGUGAAUUUAGUAAAUCGCUCUGUUCUUUACAGAUAUCAGCUACAGAGUUGAAAGGGAGUACAAAAUCUAAGAGCCUUCACUAUGCUGCCCUAUAUAUGAUAUAGUUGCCAGGAUGAGUCUAUCUCCGGAGUUCACUUUUGAAUGGUAUAAGUUCCAACCCAUCCGAUCAAUUUUGUAAUUUUUGAAGCUUAGAGACAUCAUCCAGAUUUUCUCCUUCUUGAUGUUACGGGUUGGUGGCUUGAGUUAUAGAGCCACAUGAAGAGCAUCUGCUGCGUGAAGUGUAAAUUUUGGCUACCUUUAGUAGCCAAUAGCUUAAUGUACCAGUUGAACUUUGUUCUAAUCCUAUUAAUGAUUUUAUGCGGAGUUCCAUCCAUGUUCUAUGCAAAUUUGCUUCUACAGGAAAAUUAUGAGAAGCUGUUCCUGUUUUUCUAGCGGUCAAACUGAAAAUAAAUGAGGAUAUGGUAAAAUGCAUUCCUGGCUUUGCGAGGCAUAAAGCGGAAAGAGCUUUGAUCUAAGAUGGGGUACAAUUUCAGUUGGCGAAUAAAAUGCCUUCUACCAUUGUUGUCUGCUCAAUUGAAACCUUGGAGUCUUAUUCAUUUACCUCGCCGCCUAUUAUAUCACCAUUCCCUAUUUAUUGUUACAGGGACUCAAUUUUAAAAUAUAAAAAAUUGAGAUGU